GGGCUAGUAUUUAUAGAUGUGCCUUUCAAUGAUGUGCCCACUUAAUCCUGGUUUACCCUUCUCCAUCCCCACGCCUGGUCCUCACGCUGCAGCCCUCAAUUCAGUCUCUCCUUGGAAGCAACAUCAUCAGAGGUAAAGAGCAAGCAUGUCUACAGAGCGGUUUGACUGCCAUUAUUGCAAGGAGUCCUUGUUGGGAAAUAAAUAUGUUAUGAAGGAGGAUACUCAGUACUGCACUAAGUGCUAUGAGAACUUGUUCUCCAAUUGCUGUGAAGUGUGCUCUCUGCCUAUUGGGUGCAACUGUAAGGAUCUGUCCUAUAAGGAUUGCCACUGGCAUGAGCAGUGCUUCAAGUGUGCCAAAUGCAGCCGCCCUCUGGUAGAAAAGCCCUUUGCAGCUAAGGAUGAACAACUUCUCUGCACAGAGUGUUACUCCCAUGAGUACUCCUCCAAAUGCUCCACCUGCAAGAAAACCAUCAUGCCAGGUUCCCGCAAAAUGGAGUACAAGGGGAACAGCUGGCAUGAGACCUGCUUUCUGUGCCAUCGCUGCCAGCAGCCAAUAGGAACCAAGUCCUUCAUCCCCAAAGACAACGGCUACUUCUGCGUGUCCUGUUUUGAGAAGCAAUUUGCCUAUCAGUGCUGUGCCUGUAAAAAAGCCAUUACGACCGGUGGGGUGACCUACAAUGACAAACCCUGGCACCGUGAGUGUUUCCUGUGCAUCGGCUGUAAAAAGCAGCUAUCAGGACAGCGCUUCACCUCCAGAGAGAACUACCCCUACUGUCUGGACUGCUUUAGCAACCUAUAUGCCAAGAAGUGUGUGAGUUGCACCAAACCCAUCACCAGUCUGGCAGGAGCCAAGUACAUCUCCUUUGAGGAGCGCCAGUGGCACAGCGAGUGUUUCACCUGUAUGCAGUGCUCCGUGUCUCUAGUGGGCCGUGGCUUCCUCACCCAGCGUGACGACAUCCUGUGCACCGACUGCGGCAGAGAGAAGUGACCUCACUGGGGAGAUCGCAACCUUAUGACCUUUUAAUAAUCCAGCACAGGUCACACCACACUCAAACCAUACUACAACAUAUUCUGAAACACCACACCAAAACCCUACCCAGCAGGAAGUGACCUCAGCAGAUUAGUCACUAUAUUGACCUUUACAUCGUUCUAUUGUUGUUUCAGUGUUGUGACGUUUGUGAGGAGAGGAGCCUUUGAUGUACACCUGUAGCUUCCCCCUUCAAGAGUAGUAAUAGAAUCUUAUGACAAGUUAAAUGUAUGAUUUACAGAAUAAUCUCACUUGUGAUAAUCUAAAUGACAGGGAUGUACUUGACAUCAAUUAAUUUGUCUGCACAAUAGUCUUUGCUGUUUGCAUGUUUUAUGUUUUCAUCAUUAUUCAAAUCAAAGUAAUAGUAGUUUAAAUAAGGUGACAAUCUAAAUUGAGUGGUUCAUUUUUUGUUCAAAUCUAAAUUCAGACCUUGAUUUAUGAAUGCAUCUGUGAUGUUAAAUGAAUAGCACCGCUUUGCCUUAAUGAAUAAAAGUAGUGUGGUUA